AUGGGGUUGAUCCGUGGUCGGAGGUCUCAUCACAGUGUGGAGAUGAGUGAAUUUCAUAAUUAUAACUUUGAACUGUCAAAGUAUGAUGACUCUACACAAUGCCAAAGGAGAAUACCUCCACCAACCCCAAGCAAAUGUAGAGAAAACCCAUCUACAUUUUUCCUUGGUCGUUUCAUUGCAGUAGCUAUGGGGAUCCGAUUCAUUGUUAUGGUAGCCGUGUCGAGUAUCAUAUUCAUAAAUUCAUCAUUCAACCAAGAAGCUGCAAUUUCUUUGAAUGAAAGUUACUGUGGCCCAUGUCCUAAAAACUGGAUAUGUCAUAGAAAUAAUUGUUACCAAUUUUUUGAUGAGAGCAAAAGCUGGUACCAGAGUCGAGAAUCUUGUGAGUCUCAAAAUUCCAGCCUCCUGAAGAUAUACAACAGAGAUGACCAGGAUUUCUUUAAACUGGUAAAAUCGUAUCACUGGAUGGGACUAGUGCGAUUUCCAACAAAUGGGACCUGGCAGUGGGAAGAUGGAUCCCUUCUGUCACCUAACCAACUAACAAUAGUUGAAAUGCAGAAUGGCUCCUGUGCAGUCUAUGGCUCAAGCUUUAAAGCCUAUACAGAAAACUGUUCAACUCCAAAUACAUAUAUCUGCAUGCAGAGGAUUAUGUAA